CUUCAAUUACACGAAUUGCCUGUCAACUGCACACGAAGAGAGCUUGCCUGCAAAAAUUAACUAUUACAUACCACACAGUCGCGUUUGCUAAAUUGAAUCAGACGGACAGAGGAUGCAAAAGCUCAUAUUUUUAAUACACAGUGUUGCAUUUUGCUGCUUGCACACUUUACCGUUGCCAGAACCACAGGACUUCCAAACCGGCGCCCUCAUGUUGGCGGGUCAAAUGAAAGAGGUUUUAGAUAACGGCGCCGCCGCACACGAUCAAAAGCAAUUCGAAUUUAUGGGCAUCAAGGUAAGCAAUGAUAUGGUAUUCGGCUUUGGCGAUGCGUUGAAAAUGCCGGGACGUAGGCGCAGACUUGAAGUCGACCCACAGCCAACGGAAGCAGAUAAUUCUAUAAGCAAUGAUGCGGAUUAUUCAUUCCAUACUGAGUACAUUGAUUGUGUGCCAUAUAUCGAAAAUGAGGAACGUAAAAAACGUGGCGCUUAUCGACACAGUUCUUCGCAGAGUAGUUCAUCGUACUCAUCGUCGGACUCAUCGUUCUCUUCUCUCGCUUCGUCGAGUGAAUCGGAAGAACGUUAAGGCACGAUAACGCGAUGAAAAAAAACUUAAGCUCGAAUUUUUCAAUAAAAUAUGUUUUUUUUUAUCAGAAAA